AUGUGUGAAGGAUGUGGCUGCAACCGGCCUGCGAAGGUCACGGCGGUAGUUGGGGCGCUACUCUUGCCACUUGGAGUCGCCCUGUACAUCGGGGCCGUUGUUGUGGCCUGGAGCAGAGAUGGGCAACAGAUGGUCGUGGACGGAAAGACCCACUUCACUGUAACUGUAAGGGGUGAUUUGGACCAUGACGAUGCCAAGUUCGUAUUCUACUCAGAUGUUCCGGAAGACUGCCAGCAGCGUGCCGACUCGAUUAUCAUCCGCCAGACCUAUACCAGGGAAUUGUUCAGUGUGGAUUCCGACUGCUCCUUGGCGCUCAGGGAUGGAUAUGGCUGGAAGGGCCAGAACCUGGUGGCACUGGGCACAUUCACCCCAGGCGGACGUACAUAUGGUGAUUUUCAGGUCAGCACCUCAUAUCCAACCUGGGUGAUUGGCGUGGGGGAUUCCACGAAGCCAUUUAACCCUGCGCAGGAGCGUACAAUCGUUGGUCUGGUUAUGAGCAGCUUCUUGCUGGGCAUCUGCGGUUCCAUCGCGCUCUUCAUCAGCUUGUGCCUCAUGUGCUGCUGCUACCAGCCGGCGAAGGUAGAUGUUAGGGAGGCGCUACUGGAUCAAUCUCUGCAGGUGGUACAGGCCCCAGUUGCUGUGAGCAGCGCCCACCUUGGCUGA